CCACCUCGUCCCCAUGCUUCACCCGCACGCUAUCCAGAUCGUCAAACGCCGUGUCCACGUACCCCUUCGCGCCGGGGAUGAACGCCGCGUAGCUCUGCGUCGUCGCGCGCAGCCACUCGAGUGCUUCGUUGGGCUCCGGCGCUGCCUCUUGCAGCUUGGUUUUCGUUGAGGCGAGUGACGUGGAGAUGGAGUUGGAGGUCGAGACGAGGUUUUUGGCGCCAGAGAAGUGGUACCAGGCGUACCCGCCCGCGAAGACGAGGCCGCCGCCGGCGAGGCCGCCGACCAGGGCGCCGCUGGAGGAGCUGGCGGGGGCGGAGGUGGGGGUAGUGUGGUUGGGGUUGGGGAUGCCGGUGGAUUGGAACUGCUUUUGCGUGGUUGGGCGGAUUUGGGGCGUGCGGCGGGAGAGGAGGCGGGCGGAGCGCGCGGCUGUUCUUGUGGCGAGCAUGAUGGGGGCGGUUGGUGUGGUUGGGGGAGUUUGGGGAGAGAAAUUGAGGACGUUGAGGAGGUAUGAGUUCAGUAGACUCGAAGUAAGGUUCAAUUGAAAGUGAGAAAGUUGGAACUUAGUGAAGAGUUCAUGAAUUGGAAUGAAAACGAAGAAGGAG